AUGUGGGCUAUACAUAAGGGCCAAUCUCCAAAACCCAAGAAGUUCGUCUCGAGUCACGUGUACGACGUCAUCACGAUCACGCACCACCCACCACCAAAGUCUUCGCCCAAUCUUACUCCAUCCCUGACUGUCUAA